AUGCCGGUGAUCGCCAACACCCCCGAAGCACUCAUCGCCCGCACCGAUUCCUGCGACCCGGAGACAACAUGUCAAGGGUUGACCAACAGCGGCAAGCCAUGCCGGCGCGCACUCGGCGAUCCAACCGACCGAUACUGCUGGCAGCAUAAGGACCAAGCCGCCACCGAAUCGCCAGGGACCAGCACGCCGUCCGCCAUGAACCCCAACAAGCCGCGGACGAGCAUCGACACCCUGCUGGACCGGAUCGGGAUCCUCAACAUCAACGACGGGGCGUCGGAGAAAUGGCGACCGUCGCGCCCCACCACCAGCAACAAACCCCAGAAGAGACAGAAGAAACGCACCAUCUGCUGCUGCUUCGAGGUGAUCGAGGAGGAGGAGAUCCGGCCGCCCAGGCCCGUCUCCGCGCGGCCGCCCUCCCAAGCGGCUGCCCCGGGCGCCGUCCCGCAGGCCAACCUACUCUCCCCCAACAGCCAAAUUCCCACGCGGCCAUCCGCGCACACCUCCUCCCACUACUCUUCCACCUCGUCCGGGAUCCCAGAAUCCUGGAUCCCCGCCGACCUCAGCGCGGAGGCGACCUCGACGCUGGCCUCCGAGCUCGACAAGCCGAUCUCCGAACGCGACGAACCGGGCUACAUCUACAUGUUCUGGCUGACGCCGGAGGAGACCACAGGGAAUGGGGGAGGAGCGCGCGGUCCGCCGCCGGCCGAGGUCGCCAGCUCGCUGUUGCCACACCACCACAAGUCGAGCGGCGGCGGCGCGCGUGACCGCGCCGUCAGCGACGCGAUCCGCACGGCGCGGGAUCUCCGGGCGUUGACCUCGGCGCCCAGCGCCACCAGCCCCGGCACGAUUCGGCUGAAGAUCGGGCGGGCCAACAACGUCCAGCGCCGGAUGAACGAAUGGUCGCGCCAGUGCGGCCACCACGUCACCCUGAUCCGGUACUACCCUUACACGCCGUCGACGCCGCAGCCGUCCCCGGCGCGGGUUGGUGGGGGGACUGUGCACGACAACGACGCCCUCGAGCCGGGCCGGAAGGUACCCUUCGUCCACCGCGUCGAGCGGCUGAUCCACCUGGAGCUGGGGGAUGUGCGGAUCCGCGACAUGGGCAAGUGUCCGGAGUGCGGGCGGGAGCAUAAGGAAUGGUUCGAGGUGACGGCGGAGAAGAGCUCGCUGAAGCGGGUGGAUGACUGCAUCCGGCGCUGGGUGAAAUGGGCGGAGAUGCAGGAGAAGCAGAGCCGGUAA